AUGAAGGCAUUCCUUACAGAUACAAACGACAUAUCAGUCUUCACUGGAUGUGGACAAGUGAACCGUGCCAACCGCAUUGUUGGUGGAGUAGAGACGGAGGUGAACGAAUAUCCCUGGAUGGUUUCUCUUGUCAAUGGCAAUGGAUAUUAUCACUUCUGUGGCGGUUCUAUCAUCUCCAGCCAAUGGGUCGUCACUGCAGCUCACUGUGCAGCUGUCAUGAGCACCUCGGAUUAUGUGUUGGUGGGAGACCACAACCUGUACUCAUCAAGUGAUGCCAAUUCUCAGUGGAUGCAGAUUGCUGAAAUUGUGAGUCAUCCGUCCUAUGAUUCUAAUACACUGGACAACGACAUUGCCCUCAUCAGACUCACCACAGAAAUACAGUUCCCAUCUGACAACAAAAUCGCCCCUGUGUGCCUUCCAACAGCUGGUGAAAUGUAUGAUAAUGUAGAUGCCACAAUCACAGGAUGGGGAGCCCAACAGGAGGGAGGAUCCACAUCCGGUACCUUGUUCGAAGUAACAGUGCCCACCAUGACUAACACCGAAUGCAAUAACAAGUAUGGAGGAAGCAUCACUGACAACAUGAUCUGCGCAGGCAUUCCUGAGGGAGGCAAGGACUCCUGUCAGGGAGACUCUGGUGGACCAAUGGUGGUGGAAGAAAACGGCAAGUGGAAGCUGGUGGGAGUUGUGUCGUGGGGAUAUGGCUGUGCUCGACCUGAUAGGCCCGGAGUUUAUGCAAGAGUUACACUGGACAUGACAUUCAUUCUUGCCAUCCGUGCUGAUUGGAAUCUUUAA